AUGGCGAACAAUCGCCGAUUACGAUCGGCCAGGAAUAUCUUCCUGCUCAAUCUGAUCCUCACCGAUCUGUUGCUAGUGCUAACUGCCGUUCCAGUUACUCCUUGGUAUGCACUCACAAAAAACUGGCAGUUCGGUUCCGCAAUGUGCCAUAUUAUGCCUCUGUCGAAUUCCUGCUCAGUUAACUAUAUUCUAAUUGGCAUGGUGGCAACGUUCAUUUGCUGUUGGUUACCGUUGACGGCAGUCAAUCUAGUCAAAGAUUACAAAAUCGAGCCGGCCUUCCUGCGAGCGCAACCGUUUCUUUGGCCACUGAUGGCGCACGUUAUUGCCAUGUCGUUAGUGGUGUGGAAUCCGGUGUUGUUCUUCUGGUUGACGCGAAAACAGAAACGCUCUGGUUUGAGCAAGAUCAUCAAUUCUUCUGAGAAAGAUGCGGCUCAGAUACAGGUUGUGUCAUCGUUUGCAAGCCGACUCGGCCACAGUAUACGGCGUAUGUCUGGACGAAACGACAGCAAAACUGAUAACUGCACAUUCUUCCAGGAUGUAGGUGAUAUAGCGAACCCUAUACCCUGGACUGACUUC